UCUUACUGAUAUUUUCCUGCAAAUGAUACAAGAUGGAGCAUAAAAUCAAUGUUGAUAAGAACAAUCGCAUGUCAGUAGUUUUUCAAGAACUCAAUAAAAUGAGAGAAGAUCCUGAACGAUGUGACUUCAGAAUCCUAGUUGGUUCUGAAAAAAUUCUGGCUCACAGAAAUAUUUUGUCUGCAAAUUCAAAAUAUUUCGAAGCAAUGUUUACACACAACACAAAGGAAAAGCAAUCAGGUGAAGUUACAUUGAAAGAAGUUGACCAAGUUUGUGUGAAAAAGUGUGUUGAUUACAUGUACAGUUUUGAAAUUUCCUCUUCAUAUGAAAAACUUGGUGAUUUACUACAUGUCGCCACUAUGAUGCAACUGCAUGAAGUUUGUGAUGGCAUAAUAGAACUUCUUGAGGAAAACUUGGACUCAGAAUCAUAUUGUGUUACCAAAAAACUAUCAAGCAUGUUUAGCCUAAAGUCACUUGAAGAAAAAUGUGAUGAAUUUGUUUUGGAAAACUUUGAAGAAAUUUCCAAACUGGAUGAUUUCAAUGGUCUUGGUCAAAUGGAAGUUGCAAAAAUGAUAGAAUCCAUGAAGUUGAAAGCCUCCGAAGAAGUAAAACUUACGGCUUUACUAAGUUGGAUCAAGUUUGACUCUGAUGAUCGUAGCAAAUAUGCAAAUAAUUUGAUCGGUCUUGUUGAGUUAUCCAAAGUAUCUCUUGGAUAUCGGAGACAUCUUAUUGAAAACGAACCAAUGAUAAGAGAAAACAACAAAUGCUUAGCCUGGUUCAGCAUUUCUGUGAUGGAUUCAGUAAAAAUUAAACCAACCAAAGUCGUUGAACAAACUGCAAAUACCGAAGCCAUUGUUGUUUUUGAUAGAAACUCUGAUCAUCUUCAGUGUUUUAACCCAACCGACAAAUCUUGGACACAAAUGCAGGAGAUGAAUCAGGAAAUAAAGAGGUACUUCUUCUCUGCUGUUACUGCUGGUGAUUUCAUUUAUGUUUUAAUGAAAGACAAAAAAGUUUACAAAAUCCAAUAUUUAGAUAAAGAUGCCAACUGGGAGAAAAUGACCGAUAUGCUUGAAGAUCAUGGACGUUGUCCACCAGCUGUUGUUUACAAGAACUGGAUUUAUGUGAUUGGAGGACAUGCUUGGCGUGAAACAGCUACUGUUGAAAAAUAUGACUUGGAUUUGAAUGUGUGGACCAAAUGUCAUGACAAACUGCAACCUACAAAAUGGUCUGAAGUAGUAUCUUUUCAAGAUAAAAUUUAUAGUUUUGGUGGAUUCUCAACUGGUCAAUGGAUAGAUGCAGUUGAUCAACUUGAUCCAGAAACAGGUAAUUGGACAACUAUUGGCCACAUGAAUAAUGCAAGAGGUUAUGUAUCUGCUGUGGAAUUGGGUGAAGAGAUUUAUGUUCUAGGUGGAUUUACCGACAAACAUCAACACUUCCACACAGCCGAGCAAUAUACUACACAUGAGGAUAAAUGGAAAUCACUGCAAUCAAUGCUCAUCCCUAGAAGUUGGUUCCGUACAUUUGCAAUUCAAGGUGAUAUUUUUGCAGUUGGUGGUUAUAACAGUUCCCCUGGUAGUUUGGAAAAAUACAACAUUGAUGAGAGUAAAUGGGAGAUGAUAAAGAUACCUAAAGGAGUAAAACUGAAAAUAAAAGAAUCUGUGAAAAUUCAGCUUAAUUGCUUUGUUGGUAAAUUUUCACUGAUAUUAUUCUAUAAGUUAUACAAGAUGGAGCAUAAAAUCAACAUUGAUAAGAACAAUCGCAUGUCAGUAGUGUUUCAAGAACUCAAUAAAAUGAGAAAAGAUCCUGAACGAUGUGACUUCAAAAUCCUAGUUGGUUCUGAAAAAAUUCUGGCUCACAGAAAUAUUUUGUCUGCAAAUUCAAAAUAUUUUGAAGCUAUGUUAACACACAACACAAAGGAAAAGCAAUCAGGUGAAGUUACAUUGGUAGAAGUUGACCAAGUUUGUGUGAAAAAGUGUGUCGAUUACAUGUACAGUUUUGAAAUUUCAUCUUCAUAUGAAAAGCUUGGUGAUUUAUUGCAUGUCGCCACUAUGAUGCAACUGCAUGAAAUUUGUGAUGGCAUAAUAGAACUUCUUGAGGAAAACUUGGAUCCAAAAUCGUAUUUUGUUACCAAGAAACUAUCGAUCAUGUAUAACCUAAAGUCACUCGAGGAAAAAUCCGAUGAAUUUGCUAUUGAAAACUUUGAAGAAAUCUCCAAACUGAAAGAUUUCAAUGAUCUUGGUCAAAUGGAAGUUGCAAAAAUGAUCGAAUCCGAGAAGUUGAAAGCUUCUGAAGAAGUUAAACUUCGUUCUGUACUAAGUUGGAUCAAGUUUGACUCUGAUGAUCGCAGUAAAUAUGCAAAUGAUUUGAUUCGUCUUGUUGAGUUAUUUAAAGUAUCUCUUGGAUGUCGGAGACAUCUUAUUGAAAAUGAACCAAUAAUAAAUAAAAGCUUUGAUUUGCUGUCUCGGUUCAGUAUUUCUGUGAUGGAUUCAUUGAAUGUCAAACCAAUCAAAUUAAUGGAAACUGCUACAAAUGCUGAAGCCAUUGUUGUUUUUGAUAGGAACACUGGUCAUCUUCAGUGUCUUAACCCAACCGAUAAAUGUUGGACACAAAUGCAAGAGAUGAAUCAGGAAAUGAAGAAUGGCUUCUUCUCUGCCGUUACUUCUGGUGAUUUUAUUUAUGUUUUAAUGGAAGACAAAUCAGUUUACAGAAUGAAUUAUUCUGAUAAAGAUGCCAACUGGGAGAAAAUGACUGAUAUGCUUGAAAGUCAUGGGUCGAAUCCACCAGCUGUCAUCUACAAGAACUGGAUUUAUGUGAUUGGAGGUUAUAAUGGCUGUGAAACAGCAACGGUUGAAAAAUAUAACUUGAAUUUGAAUGUGUGGGUAAAAUGUCAUGACAAACUACAACCUACAAAAUGGUCUGAAGUUAUAGCUUAUCAAAAUAAAAUUUAUAGUUUUGGUGGAUGCUCGUCUGAUCGAUACAUAGAUGCAGUUGAUCAACUUGACCUGGAAACAGGUAAUUGGACAACUAUUGGUCACAUGACUAAUGCAAGAGGAUAUGUAUCUCCUGUGGCAUUAGGUGAGAAGAUUUAUGCUUUGGGUGGAUUUACUGACAAACAUCAAUACUUCAACACAGCUGAGCAAUAUAAUCCAAAUGAGAAUAAAUGGAAAUCACUUCAAUCAAUGCUCAUUCCUAGGAGUCGGUUUCGUACCUUUGCAAUCCAAGGUGAGGUUUAUGCAGUUGGUGGUUACAGCAGUUCCCCUGGUAGUUUGGAAACAUACGACAUUGCUGAGAAUAAAUGGGAGAUGAUUGAAAUACCUGAAGGAGUAAAACUAAAUAUAAAAGAAGCUGUUAAAAUUCAGCUCAAAAAUUAGGAAUGCUAUUACUAUGAUGGGGAUAAUUGAUGACAUAAACAUUUACAUUAAUGUGUGAAUGCCUGUCUUUUAUUUCAUUUAGUUUUUCAAAUUUUAUCCAAGAAGUGGCGUCUUAUUAUCACUUUAAAAUGAUAUGAUUUACGGUACAUAUCUUCAAUGCUUUCUUUUUAUUCAACUGUUUAAUAAUGGAAGAAUUGUAAAAAAUGGGUACUCCUGUAGUAUGUGCACCAAGAUGGGAGUCGCUUGGCUAGUCCCCGAACUCGUAAUAGAACUAAAAUAAGGAGAAUUGGAAUAAAAUUAACGCCUAAGCCUAACCUGAUACACAUACUACAUUCCGGUGUCCGCCACCUUGGUUCACGUACUACGGGAGCGCCAAAAAAAGUUAUGAGUGUUACUGAUAUCUUGAAAUAUGUCAGUCGCCUAACAAUGCCCAUUUUUAGAUAAGAAAUUCAUACCAUUCCCAGCCUGGUUGAUAUUUAUGCAGUUGAUUAUUGUUACAGUUUUCGUGAUAGUUUGCAAUUUUUGUUGAUGAGUCAAUUUAAUAAAUUGGCUGGGUUGAUAUGUUGGAAUUUGGCAAUGUUGCUGCAAUCGGGGUCAGUGUCACAGUUUUGUAUUUGACAAGUCGAAUUUGAAAUUUUUUAAAUCCCAGAGUCCGAUUUCUAAAUAUUGUAUAAAUUAGCAUGGUCAUGCUGAUUGGGGGAUAUUCUGUUCUUUCACAGAUUGGAGCAUGUUUUGUUCAACCCUGCUUGGGAAGUUUUGAAAUUAAAAUUUAUUCCAAUCAGUAUCAAAUGAUUCUAAACUAUUUUUAUAGGGGUAUUGGUGGUAGUUCAUAGUGAUGAAUUCGUUAUUUGUUGUCAGUGUGUGUAACAGACGGCCCACGAGCCUCCACCCGCCAAGCUAUUUAGUGUGGUUCUUAGCAACACUAAAAUUUUCCCCAUCAAGCAUAAAAACUUAAUCCGAUAGGCUUAUGUUUAAAAAGGCACUCACAAGGACAAAAAUACAUAAUGUAGUAAUAAAAAUAAUAAUAAAAUAAUAACUUUUGGGGUUUUAUUGAAAAAAGCAAGCUACCCAAGAGAGUUUUCUGGCGACCCAGUUUUGCGUCGUGACCCAUAGGUUGAGAAACAUUGGAUUAUAUCUUAUAUGAUCCACCGGCAAAAAAUGAUGCCCACCCCUGCUAUCAUUUCGGUUUCAUUUUUAUUUUGAACUAAUGAAUAAUUUUUUAUUAACUUUUUUCAAUAUUGUACUUCUAGUGCGCUUAUAUAUUCAUGUAUGAUUUCUUAUAUAUUUCUCAUAGAAUAUUUCCAUAACUUUCUAUUUAAUGAAAACUUGCAUAAUCAAGGCCUAUGCUUUGAAGGCUGUAGGCAAGUAGUCAUCGAUGUCAUAAAUUUUACAAUUAGAUCAUAGAUACUUGCAAUAUUUACUCAAUGAAUAA